AUGCGCGCGGAGAGCUUCUCUCCGCCGCGCGUCCGCGGCCCCUCAACUCCCCGGACAUGGCGCUGAGUCGGCAGCACGGACUCCGGCCUUGCGUCCGGCUGCCCGCCUUUUUCCUACUGCUGCUCUGCGGGGGCUGCUUAAUAGGGGCUGUGAAUCUCAAAUCCAGCAACCGAAACCCAGUGGUACAGGAAUUUGAAAGUGUGGAACUGUCUUGUAUCAUUACGGAUUCACAGACGAAUGACCCCAGGAUUGAAUGGAAGAAAAUUCAAGAUGACCAGACCACAUAUGUGUUUUUUGACAACAAAAUUCAGGGAGAUUUGGCAGGUCGUGCAGAACUGUUGGGGAAAACCUCUCUAAAGAUCUGGAAUGUGACCCGGACAGACUCAGCUCUUUAUCGCUGUGAGGUGGUUGCUCGAAAUGACCGCAAAGAAAUUGAUGAGAUUGUUAUUGAGUUAACUGUGCAAGUGAAGCCAGUGCCACCUGUGUGCAGGGUGCCAAAGGCUGUGCCUGUGGGCAAGACAGCAACGCUGUACUGCCAGGAGAGUGAGGGCCACCCCCGGCCCCACUAUACCUGGUACCGCAACGACGUGCCACUGCCUACAGACUCCAGAGCCAACCCCAGAUUUCGAAAUUCAUCUUUCCUUUUAAACUCUGAAACAGGCACUCUGGUUUUCAGCGCCGUCCACAAGGAGGACUCUGGGCAGUAUUACUGCAUUGCUUCCAACGAUGCAGGCUCAGCCAGGUGUGAGGAGCAGGAGAUGGAAGUCUAUGACCUCAAUAUCGGCGGGAUUAUUGGGGGGGUCCUGGUUGUCCUUGCUGUCCUGGCCCUGAUAACAGUGGGCAUCUGCUGUGCAUACAGGCGUGGUUACUUCAUCAACAAUAAACAAGAUGGGGAAAGUUACAAGAAUCCAGGGAAGCCAGAUGGAGUCAACUACAUCAGGACAGAUGAGGAGGGUGACUUUAGGCACAAGUCCUCCUUCGUGAUCUGACGUGUGACGACGUGGCCCAGGGAGUGCACGCGAAUACCUCCACUAGCAGUGCCCGCGACGAGCAGCCCAGGCAGUGCCUCCGGAGAGCUGGCCGUGAAGAAAACACUGCACCACCACAGGGCUGGCUCAGUUGUGUGGUGGCAGCCAGGCCAGUGUUUGAAGAACAUCAGGUAGUGCAACCGGGACACAAAGCCUGGCAGCAAGGAAAGUAAAGCAGCCAAAUCAAAGGCAGUUUUCUAAUUUGAUUUUAGUUUUUAUCUACCCAAGACACUGCUGCUCACUUUGUGGGGCACAUGAGAAACAUCACUGAAAGCCUUUGUUCUUCAAGAGCAGAUGUUCUUAGCCUCAGACACAUUGCUCUGUUGAACUCCUGAUGUGAACUGGUUUGAAGCAAGGAGCUUCUCAAGAGGGGCACCUCUGCUCCACUGUGUGCUUAAACGUGGUUUCAUGUAGAAGAACAUAGUCAUCUUGGGAACUGAACUUUCAGUGUCUUAAUGUUUUUAUGGGUUUUUUGAAUACUUGAGACUUGUGUUGACUUUUCUAAGUUCUGUGAAAAUACUUUGCCUUGGGGUGUCUGGCAGAGGCAGCGAGCUGCCCUUUGUACUGCCUGAUGGUACCGCUCUUCUUUUGCAUUUGUGUCUUAAAUGCUUAGACUGAAGACUGUCCCUGCAUCUGCUCCUCUUGGUAGAAGAGAUGGCCUCCCCUCCUCUCACCGCAUAUGGUUGUCAUAGCAAUAGGAUGGCCUUCCUGUCCCCCCUGCAUAGACCCUCAUGCCUACUACCUAGUGCUGUGUGACCUGGGCCUGGCAGAGCAGCGGGAAGUUCAUGGGCUCUGGGAAGGAGCUGCCCAAUGGCAGUGAUCACGCAGUUGGAGGCUGCGCACCCGUGUUUGAGCUGCACGUAUGGCUAAGCCUGAGGCCGUGUAGGGCCCCCUGGCCCUGAUUUACAGACUUGUACUAACACACGUGAGUUGGUAUUUGUUAAACCUCAUUUAUAAAAGCUUUCUAAAAAAUUG